GUCCUCCCUCUUCGGCUGGGUGUCUCUGUCUCUAUUAGAAUAAAGGAGUCUCACAAUCGACGGACAAAAGCGCAUCAAUGCCGGCCCAGAAGCGGUCAUUGCCGGAGAAUCUCGACGAUGAAGAGUUCAACCUCCAUCACCAAAGCCACAUCAAGCAAUCUCGGAACGAAGAUGGCCACCACGAAGCUCAAGGCGACACGACCCGAGUGGAAGAACAACACCCCGAGCCGGAGCAAGAACACCAACAUCAGAAACAAGACCCUGAUGACCAGAACCACCAAGCUCAAUAACUCUAAGCCGACGACGAAGAUGAAGCCGACGAUGAUGAUGAAGACGAUGAAGAUGAUUCUGAAGGGAGCCAAUCUUCUACUUCUCAAGAGAAACCCGAGUACUGUUUUCCCUCUCUUUAUCUGUCAAUCAUUUAUGUUCUUUUUGUUAGUGAUUUCUUAAAAUCCAUUUUAGCUUCAUAAUUGAGCUCUCGCUCUGCUUUUACGAG